CUGGGAGAAAACCAAACGUUGUGGAGAGAGAGAGAGAGAGAGAGAAAAAAAUCAGAAAGUCAGGUUGCCUGGAUUUCCAGCACAUCCGCCACUUCUCUUCAUCUGGAUUUCCAACGCAUCCGCCGGCCUACUGCUCGCGCUCACAUAGCACAGUGGCGCGAGGACCGCAGCUCCCAACGGCCGCCCCGCCAGCGCGAGGACCGCAGCUCCCAACGGCCGCCCCGCCAGCGCGAGGCAUGUGACGGCCGGCCCGGCCCCCGCGAGCGCGCCGCACUCGGGGAAAAUCAUGGACAGGAAUUACCCGACCCCCAACUUCAGCGACCAGCUGGCGCCCGGCGGACAAACGUGGCCGUACGAGCGGGCGGGCAGUGGCGUCAAGUCCAGUUUGAGCUAUGGAGCAGCACAUCCAGAAACUGACCUCCUUCAUAGACCGGCUUACGCAGCAUCUCACCAGCUGCCAGGCUAUACCACUACACAUCACCCCACAGGGCUAUCCAGUUUGUUUGAUGCAACCAUGCAACAUUCUGGCAGUGGUGCAUCUGAGACUUCAGUUAUGAACUUCCUUUCAGCUAUUGAAUCACGCACGCCCCAGGCCGGACCUGCUGCAGCCUCCCUGCUACCCCAGUUCAGAGCUCCUUCGUGGCAGACAGGUAUGCACUCUUCAACACCUACAGAGCUGUUUGUCACUGGAGCACUGCAAGCUUCUGGAACAUUCCCACCAUCAGCUCUUGCAGCAUAUCAGCAUCCUUCUACCUUUACUAGUCGAAGUUUUACCGGUGCACAGUCGCUGACACUACAAGAUGCACCUUUCAGCCCUACUACAAAUGGGCUUAUUUCUCCUCAUGAUCCUUUACUUCAGAUAAAGUCUUCUCAAGCAGCUGUUCCUUCCCCAUUGACUUUUGACAGGAUUGGUAGUACUGUUUUAAGUACAAGCAUACCCCCGUCUUCAACAUAUCGCUCUGCUCAAGAAUCUGCUCCUCAUCACUUACAACCACAAUUUAGCUUGUUGCCUUCAGCACUUGGUCCAGCUCAACAAGCCUCUCAAGCAUAUGGCACAUCAGUUUUUUCUAGUUCAACUGCCUCCAUUGAAAGGGCACUUCAAAGAGAAUGUAGCGUUAUUAAGCAUCACCAGCGGCCUUCCAGCUCACACUCAGUACAGGGGCAAUUACCAAGUUCUCACCAUUCCUUACAAGGCUAUCUUACCAGUGGGAGUGGAGUUGAUUUUCAGGAAACUUCAAGGCAUGCAGGUUUGACAUGUAGUCCACUUGGAGACCAGUCUCAGGUGAGCAAUGGUGGAACACAGCAGAAGAGCUCUGCAGUAACGGUUGAGCAGUCACAGAGUUAUUCAUCCACCAUUCAGUCUCCUGAUUAUUCUUCAAAAGCUAAAAAUUGUUCAAGAUCAGCUCAGCGUUCUACAAAAACUGCCAAAUCCCAAAGUGCAACAGCUACUGUGCAAACACAAAGUUAUUCCACACCUACACAAAAGCAAAGUUCAGUUAUAUCAAGCCAGUCACAAGUGUACUCUUCAGGACAGGCAUCGAAUCUAAUAAUGUCAAUUAGUCAGUCCCAGAACUAUGUUUCAACACAGUCUCAAAACAUAUCAGCUGUCAGUCACUCAGAGGUGUAUUCUUCCAGUCAGCCUGAGAAGCUAACUACUUUAAAUAAGUCACCAGCUUCUUAUUCUGGCCAGUCACAAAACUUAACACCUGUUAGCCAAGCACUCAGUUACUCUUCUGACCAGCCACAGGUAUUGCCGUCAGUUAGUCACACUGAUAACUAUUCUAGUCAACCGCAGAAUUUAUCUUCUAUUAGCCAGACACAAAGCUAUCCUUCUGGUCAUUCUCAGGGUUUGCCUGCUGUGAGUCAGUCACAAAGCAGCUAUUCUGCACAAUCACAGGGCUUGUCAACUGUUAGUCUUUCACCAAGCUAUGCUUCCGGACAAUCUCUGACUUUGACAUCACAUACCCAAUCAUUACCAUUUUCUUCAUCUACUCGUGCACAGAAUUUAUCUUCUUCAAGUCCCACUCAGAACUUUAUGUCUCUACAUUCUUCACCAACAAGUCAACCGCAAAGUGUUCCUUCACCCCAAUCUCAGAAGUUCUUGUCAGGAGUACAUUCACCUACUUUCAGUUCAUCGUCUCAUUCACAGACCAUGCAGAACACUCAAUCGUCCACAGACAGAAAGCAGUCUUAUAUUAAAAGGAAGUCUGAUUCAGAUUUGUUUGUUCCAUCUAAGGAAGAUGAUGAGAGUUUUCCUAUUCAAGAUUUGUUACAGCAGCAGUCUUCUCUUGAUGCAUCCACUCCAGGUAUAACAGAAAGUGGAAUCGGUGAGGAAAAUGCUGUUUAUGCUGUCUCAAAAGCAGAUGACCGAUAUCUAUCUCAAAGUGUCAUCAGGAGUAAUUCUCGCCUAGAAGACCAGGUUGUUGGUCUCACUCUUCAGGGAUCAAAAACCGGUGAAAGAAAACAUGAACGUGUAAAGCAAUUUAAUGUGACACGAUCCAUAGAAGCAAUGGUGACUCAUCAUGGUCAGCCAGUGGGCAGUAACAACAAUAUGAACACACACGACAUGAAAAAGGUAGCUAAUCCAUCACAGUCAUCACAUAUAAUUAUGGGUGCUGAAGAACUGAAGCAGCCUCAUUCUCUCUUGCAUAAGGCGCAGGAAACUAGACCACAAGCUCAUCAAGCACAAGUAAUUAAUACUUCACAACAUUUGCAAACACACGCUGUAUGCCAGACUCCACGGUUACAGCUGUCUGGUGCACAGGUGCUCCUAGAUUCAUCGCGUGAAAUGCCAUUGUCUUUAAUACAACAGUCAGUAGCACAGCAACCGCAGUUACUACAGUCAGGCCUAGGUCAAUCCCAAGCAUCAGCACAGUCACAGCAAAUACAAGCUCAGUCACAGGCAUCACAUCAUCAGUCGCAGUUUCUUCAACUUGAGAGGCACAUUGCCCAAGCCAAUGCACCACAAUCUCAACAACAGCUCCUGCAACAGAACUCUGAAGCAAUGAAGCUGGAUGGUACUGAAUCUUCUAAACCACUACAGUUGACAACAAAAGAUCAUUUUGACCCAUCACACAGGCAAGAUUCAAAGUCUCAGUUUGUUGGCCUUAGUUCUGUCUGUUUUUCAGAAUCUAUGUUGCUUGGUGUUGAGAGAAAUCUCUUCUCUGGUGUUGAAGAUGUGUUUUCUGCCAAUGAGGAGUGUGGAGUUACUCCACAAGAAUUUGCCAAAUCCACUUGCAAUGAAUCCAGUAUUCGACCAGUUGAAUGUGCUGAUGGUUCAAAAUCUACAUUUCAGACUGUAUCUGUAAGGCACGUUUCACCAAGUUUUCACACUUCACAAACUGUGCUGCCAGAUCAACCGAAUAUGCAUAAUCUGACAUUAAGCAAUAGUCAAAUUAAUUUGGAUCUAGGGGCAGUACCAUUAGAUGGUUCAGCUCAGUCUAAAACUUCAAGCCUUGACCAGCAAACCCUUGGAACUUCAGACCAGCACCUACAGCCUGGGCUACCUGCACAAAAUUUGAACUCCAUCCAAGAUUCCAGUGAUCAAGGUAUUGAAGAUAUUAAGAAACAUUUAAGUGCUAAUCCAGAAUCUGAAGAAGAGGAUAAUGAUGACAUUCCAGAUGAUGGUGCCAUAAAUAAUGCAAAGGAUCCAGACUUCAUUCCUAGUGGUAGAAGUAACACAGAUGAGAGUGCUGUGUCUGACAUUGAUUAUAGCCUGGGUGAUGAGAUUACACCAGGAUCUGGUAACAAACGAAAAUUAAAGAGACCAGUGAAGCCUAAAUUAAAACUGGGACUACAGGCAGAUGGAUGGUCUCACAGUUUGCCUGAAGAAGAAGGGAAUCUAGAUUUGGCGCUAGAUGGAAAUCAGAAGAAACGCAGAGCAAAAGUACGAUCUAAAGAAACUUUAGAUGAUGAGCUUUGUAGCCAGAAACCAAUAAAACGAAGUGGGCAGGGCAAGCGCCUGAAUUCCAAAGAUGCAAACUCACCUCAUACAUCUAAUGACAGUUACUAUGAGAGCUACCACCAGCAAGAAAGGAUAAAUCAAAAGAUUAGAGAAGUUGAGGAAAAGCAGCCAGAAGUUAAAAGUGGUUUCAUUGCUUCCUUUUUAGACUUUCUUAAAUCAGGACCGAAGCAGCAGUUUCCAGCACCUUCUGUGCGUAUGGCACAUCGCAAUAGACGUCCAUCUGCCAAUACCAUUCAUACUCCCCUGCUUCCACCAGUUUCAACACAUCAGUCAGUGCCAACUGCCUUAAUAUCUGCCGAAAGUGAAUCUACCAGUCCUUGCAAAAAGUUAGAUGACGACAUGAAGAAAAAUCUGGAAACAUUACCUGCAUUUUCCUCUGAUGAGGAAGAUUCUGUUGGGAGAAACCAGGAUCUUCAGAAGAGUAUUUCCUCAGCACUUUCUGUUUUGGAUGAUCCUUCUAAUAAAAAAGAAAAAUGGAACAAAAAGGAGUUCAUCACUAAUGGAGAAAAGGAUUCCAACUCUUCUGUUCCUGCUGUCAUACAGCAGGAAAAGGUUGCAAACCCUUCUCCUCCUUUAAAAGAGGAAGUGCAGGAGCCAACUGAAGCUCUAGAAUCUCCCGAGCAAAACGAACAAGAUGACCUGAAUCCUACAGAGCGAGCUGCAAAGCAAGAAUUACUUGCUGUAGAAGGUUCAACAGAUGAAGAUGACAUAGAAAGUGGAGGAGAGGGCAUGUACAGGGAGCGAGAUGAAUUUGUUGUAAAGAUAGAGGACAUUAAAGCUCUCAAGGUGGCCUUAAAUACUGGUAGAGAACCUCCUGCUAUAUGGAAGGUACAAAAAGCUUUGUUACAAAAAUUUAUGCCUGAAGUAAAAGAUGGACGAAGACAAUUCUCUGCAACCAACAGCUAUCUUGGAUACUUUGGAGAUGCAAAAACCAAAUAUAAACGGGUGUAUGUGAAAUUUAUUGAAAAUGUAAACAAGAAGGAUUACGUUAGAGUUUGCUCCAAAAAGCCGCGAAACAGACCAUUGCAAACUUUAAGGCAUAACCAAUCAAGGAUGGGAUCUAGUAAUAAAGUCUCUGCCAGUAACUCUGCAGCGUCAAAAGGUUCAACAGCAAAAUCCAAAGCUAGGCCAGUUAAACAAGUUAAACAAUUAAAGGUAAAGGCUGAACCACCACCCAAAAAACGAAAGAAAUGGCUGAAGGAGGAGUAUUCAUCCCACUCGGACUCUUCUCUUGAAACUCAGAGUGAUGAUGAAGAUGACGGUGGAUUCCUUUUGAAAGUGAAUACACAGGGAAGAACGAUCAAAAACCUUCAACAAAAAGCAGAACGCCCUCUAACAACUCCAUAUGUAGCUCGCUUCCUAAAUACCAGAACAAUGAAGGAGACAUUUAAGAACUAUAUGGAGUUACUUGUGAGUACAGCCUUGGAUCCAGACAUGAUUGAGGCAUCAGAACAAAGUAAUGAUGAGAUGUAUUUGCCACAUAUGAGGAAAAUUGAUAGUAUGCUGAAUGAGAACAAGAAGAGAAUGAUUUCAAAGUUCCCUCUGGAGCCAGCACUCAAGACUGCACUGGAGAAUUUUCCUGAACUGACGACAUGUGCCUCAGGAGCAAAGGGCAGCAAUUCGAAUAUGUCCAAAAUUAAAUUGAGUGGUAAAAAUUACAAUAAGAAGACGCUCCAAUCAUUAAAACAGAAUGCUAAGGGCCAAAAGGAGUUCACUGUAGAUCAAGAGAAAUUGCAGUGCUGUACUUUAUAUCACACACUUCAUCACCAUAAAUAUCACACCUACCUGAUAUGCAAGAAAGAGGCUGCUUCCAUUCUAAAACAGAAUAAAGACCUAGGCCAAGUUGAAACAAUCCAGCAAUGUAUGGAAAAUGAGAAAUGGGUGGAGGACCUCUUUGAAAAAUUUGGUGACGUUCUGACACAAGCACAGCAGAAGUGUUCAUAACGUACAUAUGAGAUUUUUCAACGGUCUUACCUAUGGCACUAACAAAAUAUCAUGGAGACGUUGAAGUGAACUUUGGCACUCUAGUGAUGCCAGACUAGGCCUUUAAUAGUGGCACUCAUGGGCUUUGAUGAACCUUGUUUUUUGGCCCAAAGCUACGCAGACAUGGUGGUCAAGAAAACACAUUUUGGCAUUGGGGAGUUUAUUAAUUAUUAUGUCAGUAACCACAUUUUUAUGAUGGCCAAUGUUUUUGAUUUAUUUGUAUUCUGUGAACCUGAGAUAUUGAGUAAUGUCUAUUUCCAAAAAAAGAAAAAAACAUUAAAAAAUAAACUUUUGUGACCGAUCAAAAUGGCAAGGCAUGCACUAAGUAUAUUAUGAUUUUCUUUAUUAAUGUAGUUUUAACACUUUAGAAAACUGUUUUGUUCAACAAAAAAUGCUUUAAAUUUGAUAACCUGCCUCUUACUGACCUACAAGACAAGGCAGAGGCAAUCAUAUCUUUCUAAUGUCUGCCUACCAAAUUUCCAUAUAUAUUGUAAAGAAGGUUAGUGUGUCAUGACAUUCUUUACAGUAAAUUUGCCAUCAGAAAAUAUAUAAUUUUUGUUGCGUUACAGACUCCUUUUACAUUUGAAAAUAGCAAGUUCAGGAAACUGGACGUGGAGUUGGUGCAAUUCUGUGACCAUUUGUGUCAGUUCUGGUGAUGAACACAUCUGUUUUCCCUGUUUUGAAGAAAAAAAUAUUUUGCCUUUAUACCCAUAUUUCUUUAAAAUAAAUUGUACAUUUUAUCUCAUCAAUAAUUGUAUUUUUCAGAGAAAAUAUUGUGGUUUGAAUUAUGUUCAUUUAUCUUUGUAAUACACUCUGCAUUGUUUCCAGUAAAUUCUUUUCAUUUAUAUGUUGAUCACAUUGUAUACUUUAUAUGCUGAGGUAAACUACUAUUUCUGUUUUCCUGUUAAUACAAGUUUGCUUCAGUGUGUACCAGAUAUGCAUAUUGGACUAGUUUUGCCUUUUAAGUGUAGCUGUGUUACACAUUGCAAUUAUUUUCUGAUACAUGAAAAUAAAUUUCCUACUAAACCUAAAGCCAAAAAAGUUUAUAUUGUACUAUGAGAACUGUUUAACAAUUCAACAUUAUGUACAGUAUAUUUGUAAAUGUAGUUAAAUUCAACUUGGUUUUGACUGUUACUAUGGAUAAUUUUAUCUACAAAAUUGUUACUCUGGUGGUUUAUCUUUUGAUCUGAUUGUUGCUUUUCAUUCUAUGAAUCAUGAUGUUUUACUCUACCAGAUUAACCCUUAAACUGUGCACCUUUUUUCAAAA